AUUAUUUUUAUCAUUUUUAUAUUUACCAACAUCCUGGUCUUGGUUAUAAUAGAUAUAAUUAAUAAACAUUUUUCUUUUUUUAGAUUAAUCAAUAAAAGCAAAAUGACGAUUGAGUUGAGUCCGACUGAAUGGCGUAAAGAAUUAAUUUCAUUUUCGAAAAACGGAUUUACCUCAUCAGACAUAAUAUGUUAUAAAAAUAAAGCACCAGAACAACUUGUGAAUCCAAAUGAUAUUAAACGUAUUAAAGAUGCUUUUAUGAAAGACUGUAAUGAAAAUCGUAUAAAACGUCGAGCACAAUAUGAUAUGCGAAUGAUUCAGAUGCGUCCACUAUUUGCUGGUCUACCACAAUUCGAAAAAAUAUGCAAAAAUCGUGAUAACUUUUUCGUUGAUUCAUGCUGUAAAACAUAUCUGUUAAGAGAUGAUGAAGAUGAAGAUAAAGAUAAAGAUAUAUAUGAAGAUUCAGACAUGGAUAAAUUACAUGAAAAAGUUAUUGACCUAAAAUACAUAAUUAAUCUCUGUGGAUAUAAUUUAACAAAGCUAGAUGUACAAGCUUAUCCUUUUUCUGAAAUAAUGCCAUUGAUAAAUAAUAAUUGUCCAAAUCUUGAGAUCCUUCUUUUGGCUUUCAAAGAAAUUGAAAGCCAAGAUUUUGAAAAUGUUUUUUCUAAUAUUUCUCAUCUUAUGUCGCUGACUAUUCAAUGGCGAUGUGAAUAUUCAACUCUACCAGAUACUUUGGCCAAAUCAUUGGAACAAGUUGGUGGGACCUUGGAUUAUUUUUAUCUUCAAUGUAUUUCAAAAAAUAAUGUUUUGUGCUUACCAAAUUCCCUGGCUUUGGCUUUUCUUCGAUUUGUCGUUUUAAAAAGAUUACGUAUACAUGGUUUUGAACCAAGUCAACUAUUAAUCGGGGCAAUAGGUCUAAUGGAAAAUUUGGUUAAUUUAUCAUUCUUUUUUUCUUGGAAAAAGCAUCAAAUGAUUCCUAAAAAAAUUGAUAUGCAUCCAAUCGGAUAUUUGAAAAACCUUGAGAUGUUGAAUAUUGAUAUUGAUAGUGGUGUUACAGAUGAAUUUUUGAUCAAUCUUAGUAAUAAUGCUAGAAAAUUAAAACGUUUAUUAAUAAUUGAUACAUAUAUAACAGAUAAAGGUAUCGAUGCACUUAAAAAUUUAAAAGGAUUAAAAACGUAUCCUGGUAAAGUGAUUAUGAAGAAAUAUAAAUAUAAUAUAAAGUUGGAUUGAAAUGUUAGUUAUCAUAGUAUUUAAAAAGCUCAAACUUCAAUUAAGAUAAUUACUAAUUUAAUAUUAUUAUUGUUAUGAUAAUUAAAUAAAAAAAAAAUAAUUUUCAUAUUGUCUUGUUGAAAAUUAUCAAUUGUAUUACAAAUACAUAAUUCAAUGCCUUUUUUUAGUAUCACCUUUUUUUUUUUAAUUAUUUUUUUUUAUUUAAAUUUAUACUACUGUAAUAAAUUUUUAAUAAUUUU